AUGUCUAGCAAAACAGAUGAUACAACAAACAAUAUAGCUCAGGCCAGAAGAACUGUUCAGCAGUGGAUAAUAGAAGAAAAUAUCUACAGAGAGUAAAGGAGUCCAAGGCCAUUAGCAGAUUUAAGGAGCUAUUAUGAGAAGCAUGCCAGGAAGGAACCUUUACUAAUGGCUAUACCUGCUUUGGAAAACCAAUUCAAGGUUAAAAAGACCUUUAUUAUCCUAUAG